GUGUUCAAGAGGCGGCGGCGGUUGGGCGCGCGACAGCUUUAUGGCCUUGAGUUAUCGGCGGGCAGGAUAUCGGUUAAAGGGGCGAGCGGCAGCGGCGCUAGUGUCAGUGUGUGAGGGACGGCGAGCGGUGAUGGUUACCCCGGACGCCCAGCGACUCCGCCCGAACCCGACGCCUUCUCGCAGCACCAGAGCGGCGGCCGUGACCGCGACGCCCGGCACCGGGGCCUCGCCGAGACCCGUUUGGGCCUGAGCAUCCAAUCUAGAGUCCUGCUUCAGUGACCCAUAGCUGCAGUGUCGAGUCUUCCACGAUGAAGCUGUUGGAAAAUACUAGUUUUGAGGCUAUCAACUCUCAGCUUACCAUAGAAACCGGUGACUCUCGCAUAAUAGGCCGGAUAGAGAGUUAUUCCUGUAAAAUGGCAGGAGAUGACAAGCAGAUGUUUAAACAGUUCUGCCAGGAUGGACAGCCACAUGUCCUAGAAGCUCUUUCCCCACCUCAGACCACUGGAGUAAGCCCAAACCGUUUGAGCAAGAGCCAAAGUGGGGACGAAGGAGAGGGGCCGCUCUGUGACAAGUGUAGCCGCAAGACGCUCUUCUACCUGAUUGCAACGCUCAAUGCAUCGUUCCGCCCCGAUUAUGACUUCAGCACGGCAAAAAGCCACGAGUUUAGCAAAGAGCCCAGCUUGAACUGGGUGGUGAAUGCUGUGAACACCAGCCUGGUUUCUGCUGUGGGAGAAGAGUUUAACACUUUGAAGCCUCAGCUGUGGGAUGCUGUUGAUGAAGAGAUCUCUCUCUCCGAGUGUGACAUCUACAGCUACAACCCUGAUCUGGACUGUGAUCCUUAUGGAGAAGAGGGCAGCCUCUGGUCGUUCAACUAUUUCUUCCACAACAAGAGGCUGAAGAGGAUUGUAUUUUUCACUUAUCGCUCCGUCAGUGGGUACUUGUACAGUCAGUGCACUGAAAUCAGCAACAACUUUGACAUGGACCUGGACAAUGAGGAGUCCCUGGAUCAGGAUCCAGACGAGGAGGAUGAGGAUGAAGCAGAGGCCUUGGAAGAGACCAGGUACCAAACGGUGUGUGUCUAAGCGCCACACCGAUCACCUUCCCUGCAACACCAUCUGCUUCCUUCAACCUUCAGACUGACUGCUUCUAUGGAGCUGAAUGUGAGACCAGCACUUAAAUCUCAGGCGUUAAAACCUCUAACCUGUGGCUUCCAAGAGGAAUUGUACCUGAAGCUUUGCGGGCCUUGUUUUGUUCUGGAGUGGCUUAUUCCAGCACUGCAGGGGCGGAUGGAUCUCCGAGUGUGGUCUCCAUUGCUGGCCUUCAUCUGGUGUCAACAAGCUCAGUGUGAAACACAGUGAGCAAGCAAGGUCAACGGCGUUUCUCGUGCAAGCAUCAAGUGUGCGCUCCCUGGUGUUCCAUGGAUCAGGGUACGACUAGUCCCUGGCAGGCCACAAACAUUGUCCAGGAUCCAUCCCAUUGAGACACCGCUCACUGAGUCGGCACGCCACUGACUUCCUGGGGCCUCAGCAGAGCUUACUGAGUGGCAACUUGCACUGCUGGUGGGGAAAGUGGCUGGUGCUAACAGUCUGGAGCAGAUCUCACUUCCAAACAACAGAUUUAUCAUUACGCCGUUCUGCUUCUGAAGUGGUUGUGCUUUCUGCUAAUCUCUCUGCCUCCUUCAUCCGACAGGGCGGUUCACCUUUCAGCUGGUUCUUCCAGGUCAUCAGACUAGACGGCCACCUGGUUUUACUCUGGCUGGGUUACACUUCUGGACUAGAGCUCUAACAUGAGCAGAGCCUUGCUGUCUCGUCCUGUUCAGUCCUUUCUACAAUUUUUUGGUUUACAAAAAUACAAAUUGUUGUACAAUAAAUCCUUUUAAUGAGUAUGCUACUAAAAUAUAUUUUUGUUCUUUGCACCAACUAUUAAAGAAACAUGUUUUGGUUUUGAUUAGAAUUGAAGUUGAGGGUUCUGCGUUGAAUUUUGGCCUGAAAUGAGCUGAGAGAACGUUUCCAUGGUGAAUUAUACAAUUUCCCAGUUGGUCAUGCAGCACAGAAUCAGGCUCUUUUGCCCAACUCAUCUAUGCUGACCAGGGUGCCCCAUCCAUGCUCGUCCCAUUUGCUUGCAUUCACUCCAUAUCCCUCUAAACUUUUCCUAUCCAUGUACCUGUCCAAAUGUUUUUUUAAUGCUGUUAUUGCACCUGCCUCAACUACUGGCAGAUGCUUCUGAUUGUUCGCACAAUGUGUGAUGUCCUACUCCUGCCAUUGUUUCAGGUCUCCAUUCCCCAGUAUCAGGGAGACUCCCGCUGGUGUUGGCAAAGGCUGCAGGCUCGACCUUGGCAUUGUUUCCCUGAGCUCUUUCUAUGCUGCCUCCACCACCCCUUCUGUGUUGCAUCACCCCUUGGAUACCUUUAUUCCAGAUCUCCACCAUUCUUUCCAUGUAUCUGUGGCCUGUGCUCAUGGAUGCAAUGUGGCAUAGUCCACUCUGCCUGAAGGCCAAGCCGAGUACCAUUGCAGGACAAAGUGUGACUCAACGUACACAUGUGAAAUGUUUUGUCAGCGUGCCCAAACCAAAGUUGCCUGACACUCAGGAUAUAGAUGCCGGGAGCUGAAGAGACGUGACUUCACGUGCCUGCACUUUGACCAUUACAGUUCAACACCAUCUUGGUUUAGUUUUGAGAUACAGCAUGGAAACCAGUCCUUCAGCCCACAAAGUCCAUUCACCAUCGAUUACCCAUUCACACUUGGUCUGUUAUCCCACUUUCUCAUCCACUCCCUACACCAGGGAAAGUUCAGAGGCCAAUUCGACUGCAAACCCGCACGUCUUUGGGACGCGGGAGGAAACCAGAGCGCCCGGAGGAAACCCACGCGGUCACGGGGAGAAUGUGCAAACUCCACACACACAGUGCCAAAGGUCAGGAUCUACUGGUGCUGUGAGGGAGUGGCUCUGCUUGCUCUGCCACUGUGCUGCCCUGUCUAUCUGGCAAAGAUUACCUUUAAAAUACAUUUAGGAACUUCCCCCUCUUAAAAGAAUCUCCCUCACCCACUCCCAACUGAAAUAAGAUGCCACAUCUGAAUGGUGGUCAAAUCAUUCAGCUGACGGGCAAGUAGGUGAAACAAGUGGUGGCAACCAGGCGUAAUACAUGUAUACCACUCGCACAGGUUGUGGUAUAAUCCCUGUUUUAUAUCAUCCCCCCCUCCCCUCUUCAUUUGAUGCUUGUAUUUAUUGUGUUCCCUCUGACUGAGAAUCUAAUCCCUAGACUGAAUCCGACAGAGUAUCUUAACAUGCUGAUCUCAGCCACUGCUUGCUUUUGGUGCAGUCUAUACACCCUGCUGAUGUCAAGAGUGUUUAAUUGUCCUAUGUACUGACAAUGGAGCAAUUAAACCUUUACUUGCAGAAGCUUUGCUGAAAUUUGGGACGUCUGCGGCCAGACACAGUGAAACAUUAGUUGAAUCUGUUCCCAACAGCUUUUUGCAGCCAUUUGGAUAAACAAAAUGCACUUUUUGUUUUGUAUGCCCUGUUCAUAUUUAUUGGGAUUUUGUGUUUUCUUACUAGAGUAGUUGAAACCACAGGCAGAUUCUUUGAGCAAAGUUGGUCUUAACAUCUGUUUAAAAAAAUAUAUAUAUCACCAGCAUCAUGUUUUCCCCCAAUUGCACCUUUCAAUUGGAAUUAAGACCAGAAGCUCAUGCCUGAAGUUUGGUGAUCUUGGUGAUUCAGGCUUGUUUUUGUGAGUGUAUGUAUGUGUUGUGGUGAAGAGCCACAUUAGUAAUCGGGACACAAAGUGCUGAAGUAACUCGGUGGGUCAGACACCAUCUCUGGAAAGCAUGGUUAGAUGACAUUCAUCAGACCCUUUAGAAAUGUCACCUAACCAUGUUUUAGACUUUCGAGAGGCAGUGCAGAAACAGCCCACUUGAAUACACGCCCAGUUUCUUCCUCUUCUCACCCCCCCCCCCCGCCUUAAACUAACGCUAUCCUGCAUGCUAGGGAUAAUUUACAAUUUUACUGAAGCCAAUGAACCUGCGAACUAGUACAUCUUUGGAGUGUGGGAGGAAACCAGAGCACCCGGAGAGAAUUUGGUUACAGCAGGGGGGGGGGGGGGGUUACAAACUCUGCACAGACAACACCUGCAGUUAGGAUCGAACCCGGGGCUCUGGCGCAGUGAGGCAGCAUCUCUACCACUGCGCCACUGCAUCAUUCUCUGGAGACGGUGCCUGAUCUGCUGAGUUACUCCAGCAUCUAGAGUCUUUUUGUAAACCAGCAUCUGCAGUUCCUUGUUACUCUAUUAAUAAGAGGGAGCUGUCUCUUAUGUAUUGCGCAGAUCUCCUCUGACUGAUACAAGCCAACUGUUGUAAACCCAAAUUAUAUCUGCUUACUGUGCUUUUUUUGUUUUGAUUUUUUAUUUGUAUAUUGGGAUGUCUUUCACAGGAUUGCAUUGGGUAAACGAGUUAUUGGAUGCAAUGAAGCCGCAGUUUGUCUAAGUUGCUUUUGGGGACAAUUUCAGCCCAAAGCAUACUCGCAGAGCGUAGUGAAGGAUGGUCCUGACCUUGAGUGUCAUCUGUCCUUUCCCUACACAGAUGCUGCCCGACCCACCAAGUUCCUCCUGCAUUUUGUAGUCUUCUAAUUUCUGUACCAUUGUGGGCUAGUGUCCAUUAAACCAUGCUGACAUUUGCAUGAUUCAGCGGUAACAAGAGUUGUCAACUACUCCUAACGAUUAGUCAGAGCUGCACGGCAUGGAAACGAGCCAUUUGGCCCUACUGACAUAGAAACAGAAAACAGGUGCAGGAGUCGGCCCUUCGAGCCUGCACCGACAGCCAUUCAAUAUGAUCAUGGCUGAUCAUCCAACUCAGUAUCCUGUACCUGCCUUCUCUCCAUACCCCCUGAUCCCUUUAGCCACAAGGGCCACAUCUAACUCCCUCUUAAAUAUAGCCAAUGAACUGGCCUCAACUGCCUUCUGUGCUGACUAAGAUGUCCCAUCUAAGCGAGUCCCAUUUGGAGGGUAAUUGGCCUCUGUAAAUUGCCCCUGGUGUAUCAGGGAUGGAUAAGAAUGUGAGAUAACAUAGAACUAGUGUGACCAGGGUGGAUGGUCGGUGGGCCUACGCUGUUUCUAUGCUAUUUCUAAACUAUUUAUUUAAAACAAAUUAUAUUCAUUCUUUAACCAUUUUGAUCAGUGAUGGGCUCACAACUCUUACUACAUCAAUGUCCCUGACAGGAGGAUUUGUCCUUUUUUUUCCCUCUGCUGUUGUACUUCUAUCUGAUAUCUUGUAGAAUAAGACAGCUGAGAUAGCUAAACUAGGCCACAAGUCCCAGUCAGCUAACAGCCACCACUCUGCAGCAGCUCGAGCAGCCAUCGUCUUGCUGCAGCUUCACUCACAAGGGAUGACCACUGGUUCUGUAAACUGAGUUGACCUGCUGGAUGUCCUGGGACCUGUGACACUCAGUCCUCGUCUGUCCACCAUGACUGACUGAUUAAGUAAGGGCUAUGUCUGGUCUUUGCAGCAACCUCUCGCCAUGCCAAUAAAACUUGGUUUGCUUACCUAAA